AGAAGGGACCAAUAAUUCUUGAGAUGGACACAUACAGGUACCACGGUCACUCCAUGUCUGAUCCUGGGAGCACAUACCGUACACGAGAUGAGAUAUCUGGUGUGAGGCAGGAACGGGAUCCAAUUGAGAGAAUUAAAAAGCUGGUACUAUCUCAUGACUUAGCAACCGAGAAAGAGCUUAAGGAUAUGGAGAAGGAAAUUAGGAAAGAAGUAGAUGACGCCAUUGCCAAAGCUAAGGAUUGCCCAAUGCCAGAGCCUUCUGAGCUUUUUACCAAUGUGUAUGUGAAGGGAUUUGGCACCGAGUCAUUUGGACCUGACAGAAAAGAAGUCAAAGCUUCGCUUCCAUGAUCAUGAAGCUCUUGUUCGUUAAACUGCCACGUGUCAUGAGACAGUUGGCUGAUAGAGGAAGCUAUGAAUAAAGAUCUUAUUGUAUA